UUGACUAGUUGACAAUAUGGCAGACUUGAAGGAGUCAAACUUUCUUAAGCUCAUCUGGCUUUUGAUGAAAUAUGGUGCCAAAGUUUUACAACACAGGAUUGAAUAUGAACUGAAAUAUCAGAAGUGGCAGAAAUUGUGUGAUUUUCUAGAGGAAAGAAAGCAUGAAAUUUUUCAUCUGACAGAUUUAAAAAAAUGUUGCCAAUGCCCAGAAUUCACAGACAAUAAAGGAAAACCACCAUUACCCAAAGAUGUUUUAGGACAGCUGUACAAAAAUGUAGAUCAGUGCUGCAUGGCGAGAAAUAGAGGCCGAUGUUGCUGCAAGCUUUUACCUCAUACAGAUUUGAAUGUAAAUAAAUUAGACAUAACCCUCAUAAGCUGUUUGCUGAAAAAUUUUCUCAUAAAGGAUUCAGGACAGAAACAAGUUAUUGAAAACAUUCGAAAAUUAAGAAAUGAUAAAGAGUUGUUACACAGAGGGAAUGCUGAAGUUGACGAUGAGGCAUUUGAGAGGAUUUGGAUGCAGCUAUCUAAUGCAAUAAAAGAAGUAGCGGAGAAAUGUGAGCCGUAUUUCUACUCAGAGAUCAAGGAUGAAGUGGACAGACUGAAAACAAGACCACUCUCCAAGGAAGACACCAUUUCAUCGAUAAAUGCAUGGAAAGAGCUACAGGAGGAGUUUGGCAGCCCAGAUGAUAGACAACAGAUUUCUGACCUUUGCCAGAGAAUGACACAAGUUUUCAGUGAUGUAGCAGCCAUAGCAACACAAGUUUCUCAGAAUAACACUGAGCUGGAAAACUUGCUUUCUUACACAGAGUCACAGCUGAAGACCCAUGAAAAGAAGAUCUAUGUAGAACCAAAGAGAGCCAUGCAACAUUGCCUCAAGAAUAUGGAAAAGCAUCGAUUUAUUUGUAUAACAGGGGAGGCAGGAAGUGGAAAGACGAGCUUUGGACUUCAGCUGAUGCAGCAUCUAAAGCGGAAAAACUUAGACUGCAUUCCUAUUAUUCUUACAGAAAGUAGUCAGUGGUUUAGAUUUAUAUCACCGGAUAAAAAGUUUAUUAUUUUUGUUGAUGAUAUUAUAGGAAAGUCAAGUGUUAGUGAAAGGGAUUUUGAAGAAUGGCGAAAGGUUUUUGAUGCAAUGCAUCUUCGUAUAAGUGAUGAUAAAUUCCCUACAUUUAUUAUUUUUUCAUUACGAAAUUGUAUUUGGGGUUUAAAGAAAGAUGAGUUCAAAGAUUAUAUUUUAUUUAGCGUCUUUAAGACAUCAAAUAUCGAUCUGUCAGGUUCAGACUUUGACAUGACCUUCAAAGAAAAGAAAUCAAUGUUGUACAGAUAUUGUAGCCAUUACAAAAUUUCAGUUUGCAGGUCAGAGUUUGACGAAAAUAAGUCAUUUGAGGUUUUUGAUCCUAGUACUUUGUGUCUCUGUGAGGAGACUUUGCAUAACAUUGCAAAACUGCAAACUGUAGGUGGCUUUCCCUUGCUCUGUGAAGAAUUUUUUAGCAACCGAGAAAAUCUGAAAGAAAGGUCAUUUUUUUUUUGUAGUAAAUCAGCAUGCAGUCAUUUUAAAGAACAAGUAGAUGACCUAUUUUGCAAAAAGAUGUAUAUGCACUACAUUAUAUUAGUUUUGUUUUUCCUGGAGUUUCUAGUGGAGAGGACAUUCACUAUAGAGGAAAUUAUGAAACUAAAAUCAAAGAUAAAGGAAAUUGCAGAGAAGAUUGGUUUACUGAACUUCGUAUCACACCAGAUGAACAAAGCUACCAUUCUGGGAUGCCUACGUGAAAUGAGAAAUACUUUUAUACACAUUAAUGAUGAUAGGUACAAACUUAAGCAUAUGGUUGUUUAUGAAGCUAUUUUACUGUCAUUCGGGGAGAGUUUUCAAUCUUCUUUUUUAGAACUUGUGAGCAAAAAUGAUGUGUUUACUUAUGUUAGGUCACACAGUUACAAACCAGAAAAAUGGGAGAUCUGUGUGCUAUUGGACGAUGACAUGACAGAAGCUCUAGCUAGAAAACUGAUAGAUAUUUUUGCUCCAAAUACUUUUGAUGCUUACACAGUUGUUUACAAGCAUCCAUCAUUUUACGAUGCACAGUUGGUGUCUUGUUUUUUGGACAUAGUAGAGGAAGAGCCUGAAUUCGGAGCCUUUAUAGAUUCUUUUGUGGCUGGGGCUUGCAGCUACAAAAGAGAUAUAUUAGCUAGUGAAACAGUCAAAAGAUUUUCCAGCUUUUUUACGUUUGACUUUGAAAUAUUGGAUGUAAUUUUGAAUCAUGACCUUAUUGAUACUUUCAAUCAAUUUAUUAAUAACUCUGACUUUCAAAAAUCAUUUGUGGCUCAUAUUUUAGAAAAAGGUCAUGAAAACAAUCUUUUGUAUACUGCAUCUAAAAGUGGCUCUAAGAAGUGCUUUCUUGGUAUGCUCGACUUAUUGCUACCCAGAGACAAUGAUUUAGAGACCGAUGGAGACAGUCAAGCUGCUUUAUCAACAUCUGAUGUAAAGACACUAAUAGAAUCAAUUCUGUCACAUCAUGAUGAGGCUGCAGGGGCGGACUGGAGGGAGGCUUUAAAAAAACUGACAGAGUUACUGCCAUCUGAGGAUGAAAAAUACACAGUUUACAAAUUUAUAGCUAAAAUUUCUAUUCGUAGAGAGAAGUUUGAUAUUGCUCUGGAAUAUCUUCAAUUUAUAGAUUCUUUUACAUCUGAAGAUGUGAUCUCUUUAAUGAUAUCUUGCAUAAUGUUUGAUGGGGUUGAGUUUUUUGAUGAAUUAUGUAAGAAGUUAAAAGAGGUAAAUUUUGUGCAUUUUAGCGAUAAGGUAUUUGCUACAAUAGCAAUAAUUAAUUCUGAGUUUAACGAAAACAUGAUCAUGAAGUUUUUACGUGAGUUCAGUGAUCAGUGUGACUAUAAGUUUACUAUCAAUGGUUAUCAUGACGGUGGAACAAUACUACAUGCUUGUGAAGAGUGUAACUAUUCUGAUGCUAAUUUGCUGUUCAUUUUACAAAGACCAGAAGGAGAGUAUAUGUUUACUAAGGUAAAUAAUAAAAGACUGACCCCUGUACAAUGUAGAAGAUCUUACCCGGAAGUCAGAACAUUUCGAAGUAUGGAGAAUCUACUACAGUAUUCUCACUAUGACACAGAAGAUCAGUAUCCAGAUAUAGGUUUUAGUGAUGAUAUGCAGCUUUUCUACAAACCGGAUAGUUCUAAACCAACUUGGCUUUCCCCCAAUCCAUUGCUCUCAUAAAACAAUAUCUCUUUUUUUUGAUACAUACUAUAAUAUUUAUUGAUACAAUUUAUUUAUUAAGUUUAACAUUUAACCUUAUCAGUUUUAGAAUUUAAUUCAUGGACUAUUUAGAGCUCUAUUACAUG